AUGAGAGUUAUGCAAAUUGCCUACCUUUGGCUUUAUUGCUGUGUGUGUGUGUGCGAGUGCGAGUGUGUGUGUGUGUGUGUUGUUUGUUCAAUUUUUUUUGUGGAUGCGCACAACAACGCAAGUGAAAUGGCGGCGGGGACACUUUAUCGAGCGGCACAGCUGUCCAGGUUAACGUUCCUAGGCACCUCGGCUGGAUGUCCGACCAAGCAGCGCAAUGUGACUUCCCACGUUCUUACCUUCUCCAAUGGGCGGCAAUGGAUGCUGGAUUGCGGCGAAGCCACUCAACACCAAAUGCUGCACUGUCCUGAGGUCAAGGGCAGUCGUCUCGACGCCAUCCUCAUCACCCACCUCCACGCUGACCAUGUCUUGGGCCUACCCGGUCUAUUGGCCACGCUCUCUAUGGCUGGCGGUCGCUCCGAAUCCCAGCCGCUCAAAGUCAUUGGUCCCACGGGUUUGCGCCGACUGAUCGAGACCAUCCUGGAGCUCACGUUCUCGUACCUUACCUUUCCCAUCGACUACCACGAACUCGAUCCGCUGGAGACCCAUGAACUUGGCCCAAUGUUUGGCCCCGAUACCCCGGAGCUGGCAGCCUAUCCCAUUAAACAUGCUGUCCCCUGCUUGGGCUAUGUCAUUACCGAAAGCCCUCCAACUCCCAAGAUUGAUGCUGCCCGUGCAAAAGCAUUGGGCGUGUCUGGGCCCCUCUUGGGUACACUACGCCGCGAGGGAAGCGUAACCAUUGAAGGUCAACUUGUGCACCUCGAAGACGUCUGCCACGCCGCCCUUCCGCCACGCAAGGUGGUUUUGCUGGGCGACACCAGUGAUGCUUCCAGCCUGCAUGCAGCUGGUCAAGGAUGUCACACCGUUGUACACGAAGCCACGCUCGCUAGUGGCAUGGAGGACCAGGCCGUGGCCAACGGUCAUUCAACUACCAACAUGGCAGUGGACACGGCGCUAGCUUUGGGUGCCUCGCGCCUGAUCCUAACGCAUAUCAGUCCUCGCUAUGCCGUUGCCAGCCCAGAAGAGACGACGCCAGCCAAGAGCACUGAUCUCGUGCUCCUGGACGAGGCACGCAAUGCAGCAACAGCGCGAUCGUCUGCGCUUGAG